ACGCAGAAAACUUGCGUUCAGCAGUCGAUUUUAUCAGCAUUUCAAACGCAAAACGGCAAAUCGCAUUUAUAAGUGUUUGCGUCUGAAAAUUUUUUUUAACUCUUCCAGUUCCCGAUGCUGUUCAGAACCUUUUUCAUCAUGAAAAAUACAUGCAAAGCGUUUUCAAGGUACUCAGAAAACAGGAUGUUCCUUCCAAGCUUGUCACACAUUGUAAGGACAAAUUCACACCUCAGACCUCUCCCACCCUUGGAAACAAAAGAUAUGUUAAUGACCAUUCACACCUCAAAUUCCUCAUGA